ACAAGAUGGCGGAAGGCAGCAGCUCGGACUGUCUUGGUGAAAUCGUGAAAAUGUUUCGUACUUAUGAGGACUACUUAGAUUCUCAGAUAAGACCAAUAGAUCUAUUUUACCUUGAGGAUCGGAACAUGGCCCGCCAGCUGCUGGUGCUGGGCAGUUUGGGGAACAGUUUUAAGAAGGAGGAAUUUGAGACAAUGAAAGCUGCCGAGGCCUCCACCUCCAGGCUUGCUUCGAAGAGCCAACAGAAGAAGCUGGCAAGUGCAGGAAAGGAACUCAAAGAUAACUUCCUGAGGGCCCUGGCAGAACGGGAGGAGGCAAACCGCAGUGGGAAAAUGGCUUCCAUCAUUUUCAUAAGCGGCAAAAAUUCUCUUGGACAGGAAUUAUCUGGCUACAUAGACUACUCCCACCGACUAAAAACCGAAGACUUUGAACCAUAUUUCAGUGGAAAGAAAAGGCUUAUGCCCAGACCAACUGACUUAAGCUACUACAACUGGGUAGGAGAGCCUAAAUGUAACGACAGCUUAAACUAUGAGGUGCUCACAGAGAAUAUAAAUGGCAUGCUCUUCCGGAACAAAAAAGACAGAAAAAUCUUGGAUGCUGACCCAGAGGCAUCACCUGGUCACAGCUAUGUCCAAAUUUCUGUUCAGUCUGACCUAUAUGUGCAAGUUGUCAUUUAUGACCACAUCUUCUGAAAACCCUGUUCCAGUUCCUGUGUACCACUCUACAAUUAAAAUUGUAUUAAAAAGCC